AUGGAUCUGAAGGUCGUCCUGGAUGUGUGGUGGGUGCCCCAAGAUACCACGAACAUGGUGAUCAUUGAGGCAAUCCAAGACCUCGCCCACGGCAGACUGGACCCAGACGGUGCAGCCCACAAGAUAGACGAGGCCAUCUUUUCCGCAGAGCGUGGCGUUGUCCGCAACGACGAUGGUAUCUGUAGUGUCGCAGUCCCAGAUGACCCCGAGCAUUUGUCCUAUAGACGCGGAUUCCUACUGCAGCUGUUACCCAGAGUUGUGGCCCAGAUCCCCGCCGACCACCCGGGGCAAGACAGACUCGUGGAAUUGUUGAAGAGCAUACCGAGUUUACCAGAGCGCCAGAUUGCCGUAAAUUGGGGAGACGGAACUCAGACAGAAAAUCUUUGGGCCCGAGAGAAAGUCAAUGAUUACCAGAAGCAUCUUACAUUCAUGGAAUCAAGAGUAUUCGGCUUCAUGUGGAAAUGGAAGUGUCCCGGCGGUCCAUACGACACCGAGUCCGAUGCACCACGGCCCUCGCUCGAGAACUAUGCAGCGUUCUGCGCGAGGCUGUUUGUUGCCGGGAUCUACAGCCUCGAGGGCUGCGCCAUCGGGCGGGCACCAUUUGCAACAAUCAAUCACUCGAGAGCUCUUCCGGACGACUACGAUGAACACGCUUGUGCGGCUGCCCAGUGGAUUAUCUUUGCAGGAGCUGAGCUGUCUGAGGUGUGUGCAUGGAACGCACAGCCGGGACCCAGAUGGAAGGACUGGGACUCUUGGCGUGUCAAGUUUCAGGCGAUAUCAGAGGCCGAGAAUUCGAGUGAGCACUGUCGCGAGUUGGCAGAUCGGACUUUGCGUAUUAUGGGUCGUGUUGAAGAAGAUGAUGUGACGACUGGCGGUGCGCGUGGGUUUGGUAUGAGCUACCAGGAUGGUGAUACGAUUGUGUCGACGAACCCUGAGGCGAGGAAUUAUGUAGGUAAGAAGGACCAGUGGGAUGAGUAUGGCCAAGAUGGACUGUCUGAUAAUGAUGAAUGA